UAUUUAAAAAUCUUUCUUCAUCAGUAUUACGGCUUGAUAAGGGUAGGCUCCUGAUGGAAAUGAAUUAUAUGCUUGCUUAUGGAUCCGGUGAAGCUUCUUUGAGAUUAUUAUGGAAGUUUGGCCUUUUAGAUAUACUACUCCCCUUUCAGGCUGCUUACUUUGUUCGUCAUGGAUUUCGAAGAUGGGACAAAAGAACUAAUAUGCUUUUGGGUUUGCAUCCUAGCAUUUCAUAAAACAUUGAGUGAUCAAACAAGGGAAGCCUCGGCGGUUGCUACAUUUAGCCUUGCAGUUCAUAAUGGUGGAAAUUUAUUGGAAGCUGUAGACAUAGCUAGGAGGAUCAACAAACAACACAAUGCCAGGUUUCCUGAGUUAUUAGAUCCUUCAGGUCUAGAUGCAGAGGAUUUAGAAGAAGAGAUUCUGGAUCAUGCUGACUCUGUUAAAGGGACACUCUCACAGAUGACAACUAGGUAUUUGGUAUCUCAAGCUAUGGCCGACUAUCCUCAAGCCUCUCAUUCAAAUCUGGUGUGCAUAUCUCUUUCCUCUGCACGUGUUCCUGCUCUUGGUCUCAACCCUUCCUUCAUUACAGACCUGGCAGAUGCAGUGAUAGAAGCUCUUCCAUUUGCAAAAGCAAUGUAUGCAUCUACCAGCACUUCUGAAGAAGAGCAUGACCCACUUAGAUACUUGGUCAAGAUGUUCUUUGGCUCAAUAUUGGCAUUCAUCUUGUUUCUGUCACCUAGAAUGAUAAAUUGAUCUUGUUUUACAAAUUGUUUAUAGGUGAUUUGUAGUAUCUAAUCUAUAUGAAAUUUUGGAACUUGUAAUGCUAUACGCUAGGCAAUUAUUUGACUUCAAAGAGAAACUUUGUUUUUCUCAAGAGCAUAAAUAGAUCAAGCAUUGUUUUGUUUUAUUUAUAUGC